CAGGACGAUCAACGGACUGGCGUGCUUUCUGAACGACUCUCCACGAUUUUCGUUGAUGAAAUCGCGAAAGAUGCAGAGGUUUUGGACGACCGAUCCAGGACACGAGGCACAGCUUGUCGGAGAAUGACGUUGUAGCAGCGAGGUCGUGGAAGCGAGGCACGAAUAAUCGUGGAGGUGGACGUAGCAACGACAGGGGAAGCAGUUUAAUCGCUCGUACCAAGACAUAGUACUAAGUGCAAAGAUGUCGAAACGACCCCCAGAUAAUGGGGACUCCAGUUCCCAACCACCUAUAAAGAAGGUGCAGUUUGAACCAAUUCUAAUUGGACCCAUAUCUACUCUCGAAGAAAUGGAUAUGAAGGUCUUACAGUUUCAGAAUAAAAAGCUGGCACAGAGACUGGAGCAAAGGCAUAGAAUGGAAGCUGAAUUGAGACAACGUAUUGAACAAUUAGAGAAACGCCAAAUGCAGGACGAUGCAGUACUUAAUGUAGUCAAUCGAUAUUGGAAUCAACUCAAUGAAGAUAUACGUGUAUUAUUACAGAGAUUCGAUGCUGAAACUGCUGAUGAAUCUGAAAAUAAAAACGAGAGUGAGGCUACAACGUCAUUUCUAAUGCAAUUAUCUUCCUGGGAUAAAGAGGAAUUGGAUGACAAAUUAGCAAACCGUGUACAGGUAUCAAAACGAGCUGUGUCUAAAGUUGUACAGGCGUUUGAUCGUUUAUCUCAAAGAAAUGAAAAAAUCACUCUUGCGCUUAAAGGAGAAUUUGAUGGCGAAGAGGCGCCGAACAUUGACGAAGUUGUACGUCGUGCCAAUGCGGAAAUACAAAUGGAAAACAGAAAUCUGCAGGCGAUAAAUAUACAAUUGCAUGAAAAGUACCAUACUAUCUCGUUGAAGAUGUCAGAAUUGCAAGAUACAAUAACAGGGAAAGAUACGCUUGCAGCAGAAUUGCGAAAUCAAGUCGACGAUCUGCAAUAUGAAUUGAACAAAGUACGGGCGAGAAAUGAUAAAUUGGAACAUCAUCUUGGAGAAGCAGUCGAAAAAUUAAAAGCUUUUCAACAAAUUCAUGGCACUGAUGAGAAAGGCAGUAAUAAACCGAAUACUUUAGUUGCAUCUAGUGUUUCUCAGACUAAGCUUGAUGACUUGCAAAGAGAACUUGAAGAAACGCGUGAAUUAGCUAAUAAUAGAUUACAGGAAUUAGACAAACUGCAUCAGCAACACCGCGACACUUUAAAAGAAGUAGAAAAAUUGAAAAUGGACAUACGACAACUUCCCGAAUCAGUAAUUGUGGAAACAACAGAGUACAAAUGUUUACAAUCGCAAUUUUCCGUAUUGUAUAAUGAGUCUAUGCAAUUAAAAACACAGUUGGAUGAUGCUCGUCAACAAUUGCAGUCGAGCAAGAAUACACAUCUGCGCCACAUUGAGAUGAUGGAGAGUGAAGAAUUAAUGGCUCAAAAAAAAUUGCGCGGCGAGUGUAUACAACUCGAAGACGUUUUAGCACAAUUACGCAAGGAAUACGAGAUGCUUCGCAUUGAAUUUGAACAGAAUCUAGCUGCCAAUGAACAGACAGGUCCGAUCAAUCGAGAAAUGCGGCACCUAAUUACCUCCCUUCAGAAUCACAAUCAGCAAUUAAAAGGAGAAGUGCAUCGGUACAAGCGAAAAUACAAAGAAACUUCUACUGAAAUACCUCGAUUAAAGAAGGAAGUAGAGGAAUUGACAACUAAAUUAGGACAACAAACGUCGCAAGAAAAUAAAGAAGGGAAUAAUUCAGAUGGUAGCGGAAAAGAAGAAGAUGCUUCAAAUUCGUUGCCAGGAUCUACACAGAUAAAAGAAGAAAGUGGUGUUACCAUAAAGAGGGAAUCUGGUGCUGAUGAAGAGGUGGAAACGAUUGAAGUUGGAGAAGGUGAAGGCAACAAAAAUACACCAGACUCUCUAACAUUAACUUCGCCAACUCUAAAAAAGGAGAAGGAUAUAAAACGUGAAAAGGAUAUCAAGAAAGAAUCUGUGAAAACUGAACAUCGGGAUCCUGCACAUCGCACUAAAGACGCAAAAAUGGCAGAAUCAGAACUCGUGCGAGAUUUGAAGGCACAACUUAAAAAAGCUGUAAAUGAGAUGAAAGAAAUGAAGCUUUUAUUAGACAUGUACAAAGGUGUUGGAAAAGAGCAGCGAGACAAAGUACAGUUAAUGGCUGCAGAGCGUAAAACAAGAGCAGAGUUGGAGGAUUUACGACAGCAAGUCAAAAAGAUUCAAGAAAGUAAACGUGAGGAACGUAAGAAGUUAGCUGAUGAAGAUGCACAGAUAAAAAUUAAGAAAUUAGAAGAACAAGCAUACACAUUGCAACGUCAGGUUGCUUGUCAAAAACAGAAUUGUAUUUGGUUGCAGGAAGAGGAAGCGCUUCUGAAUGAGAUGGAAGUGACUGGACAAGCGUUCGAGGAUAUGCAAGAGCAGAACUCUAGACUUAUACAACAAUUACGUGAGAAAGAUGACGCAAAUUUCAAGCUCAUGACAGAGAGGAUCAAAAGUAAUCAAUUGCACAAACUCGCGAGGGAGGAGAAGGAUGUGUUGAAAGAACAAGUGUCUACAUUAACGACGCAAGUGGAAGCGGCCAACGUAGUUGUACGAAAGUUGGAAGAGAAGGAGCGUUUUUUACAAAACUCUCUCGCCACGGUGGAAAAAGAAUUGGCACUGAGACAGCAAGCAAUGGAGAUGCAUAAACGGAAAGCGAUAGAGAGUGCACAAUCUGCAGCUGAUCUCAAACUCCAUCUUGAGAAGUAUCAUUCCCAAAUGAAGGAAGCACAACAAGUUGUAGCCGAGAAAACAAGUUCCUUGGAAGCUGAAGCAUAUAAAACUAAAAGAUUACAGGAAGAAAUAGCGCAACUGAGGCGCAAGGUUGAGCGAAUGAAGAAGAUUGAGCUCGCCGAAACCCUGGAUGAAGUGAUGGCGGAAGAGCUGCGGGAGUACAAGGAAACUUUAACGUGUCCGUCUUGUAAGGUGAAGCGGAAGGAUGCUGUGCUCACCAAAUGCUUCCACGUGUUUUGUUGGGACUGUUUACGCACACGUUACGAAACGCGCCAACGAAAAUGUCCCAAAUGUAAUUGCGCCUUCGGUGCCAACGACUACCAUCGGCUGUACCUAUCCACAUGAAGAAGAAGGUGCUGAUUUGAAAAAUACGCCGCGGUGUAGAGUUAUGUUUUGUAAUAUUACGAGCAUUUUUCUUUUCUUUUUUAUAUCUUUUAUUUAUUACUCGUGACUUUUUGUGGAAUGACCAUAUGCAAUAUGUGAUUAUCCCUAAGUACGUCAAUAAUGAAUCACGAAUUUUUCUAAGUUUUUAUUAAGACCAUAGCACAUGAAAGAAAAAGAACAUAGAAGCUAUAGAAUUCAUGUCAUAGAUUUAAGAAUCACAGUCGAAAAUUCAGGAGACUGGAUAAUUUAUUACUUUAAUUCUAUUGCUUAUAUGUUUUCAUGCCUUAUGGUCUAAUUUAUAAACUAUAAGAAUAGAUAAGUAAAGUGAAUGAUAAGUGAGUGAACGAAUAAAAGAAAAAGAGAGAUAAAUAAGAGUAAGAGAAAAAAACUGGAUUGUAUUUUUAGGUGGUACGGGCUGCAAGCUUUUAAUUUUAUUUACAAUAAGAAACGAUUUAUUAGAUUACUCUUUGAUCUCGUUUUUUAAAUAAGCUUGCGCGAGGUUAUCGUUAACAUCUACAUACAUCGAUCAAUUACUCAAAUCAAUCUCUUCUUAAAUUAUUCUUAAGAAGAACUACUGUCCUCUCAGUGACGACAAUUUCCUGUUUAAAAUGUCUUUUAUAAGAUAAAAUAAAGAUCACUGAGAUCAAGUUUGUCAUUGGAUUAAUAUACCUUUAGUCCAUUGGACAAAUUUUGAAACUAUAAAUCUAGAUCACUGAUUUAGUAAUUAUAACUGUAUCAAUUAAAAUUGAUUAAUUGACUGAUAGAGUGCGGUUGAGUUGCCGUUACAAAUGUUUGGAAGCAUUUUUUAAUUGGUCAAUUAGUAAAAUUCUUUCUUCCGAUUGGUCAAUCAAAUGCUUCGAAGUAUUCAUAGCAGCAACUCGACUGCAUCCAUAUAUUAUUUAGAUUCAAUUACUGUUCGAAAUUCAUGGAAGUGUAAAUCUAUUGAAUGUGAUUAAUGUUCUGCCUGUAUGUUCUGGACGUUAUGCCUGAUUAAGUUGUGUAAUUACUUUAAUUUUAUUUGAAUCUUCAUCUCUGAGUUGAGAAGUCUCGAAGAAGUGCUCUAAUUAUCUACUUUUCACUUCUGAAAGUAAAGUAAAUUCACUUUUGUAUUAACAUUUGGAUUCGACAAUUGACAAUUCGUAUGAUAAUCACGCUUUAGGUAUUUAUUUAAUUAGGAUAUAAAUUUAACAAUCAUGGUCCAAAUUCGCUUUGUCUAUUGUUUAUAAUACGAGACAAACAAACUGAUUAAUAACAGGAAUGUUCUGUACGAUAAUUACUCGACAUUAUUCAAUAAGAAACGAA